AUCAGCCAUAUGGUAAUUGACGUCAUUACAUCCUCAUAUCCUCCAUCUUUCGCUGCCGCAUGCUCCUCUAGAAAUCUGUGGAUCAGAUCUAAACAUGAAUCAAGAAAAGCUAGCAAAACUCCAAGCCCAGGUCCGAAUAGGAGGAAAGGGCUCAGCACGCAGAAAGAAGAAGGUUGUACACAGAACAGCAACAGCAGAUGACAAAAAAUUGCAGAGCUCUUUAAAGAAACUAGCUGUCAACAACAUUGCUGGAAUUGAAGAGGUGAACAUGAUCAAAGAUGACGGCACAGUGAUCCACUUCAACAACCCCAAAGUGCAAGCGUCCCUUUCAGCCAACACCUUCGCCAUCACUGGGCACGCAGAGACCAAGCAGCUCACAGAAAUGCUCCCCGGCAUCCUCAGCCAGCUGGGAGCCGACAGCCUCACCAGUUUGCGCAAACUGGCAGAGCAGUUCCCCCGUCAAGUGCUUGACAACAAAGCUCCUAAAGCAGAAGAUAUUGAAGAAGAAGAUGAUGACGUUCCAGAUCUUGUGGAGAAUUUCGACGAAGCGUCAAAGAACGAGGCUAACUGAUGACCCCCCACCCGCAAGACUCAAGAUACAAAGCUCGGAACUGCAUUGAAGACUGCAAUCUCUUCCGGUGUUUUAACUCUAGCUACAAAGACAUACAUUCAAACACUAUGCCCAGAGACUUUUGUAUUUUCAAAAUGGCCCAAGGAUGUCCUUAUCAGACUGGCUUGUGCAUUUAAAACAAACAAAAAAAUAAACUCCCACACGUCGGUCAACGGUUAAUUAAUUCCAACAGAUUGUCAACAUUGAUCAGGGUUAAAUGGUCAUUAAAGCUAGUCUUAAGAAAUGUGUUUGUUUUUUGUUAAUGAAACGAAAUAAAGCGGAUAAACAUUU